AUGGGAUCUCUGCACAAAAGCAAAUUCGAUGAGUUUCGUAGACUAGACCUAGUCUACGGCACGGUUGCUUGCCAUAGUCUCUGGACAUCCAUCUUGACGCCCAAGGGGCUCGUUAAGGAACGACAUGGCGGCAGCGGCAUACCUACUCAUAUUCCCGUGCUUGUGUUCUGGCAUGGAGGAGGGUUCAUAGUCGGGGAUCGCCUAUACGAGCCUUGGUGGCCGGGCUGGCUGCUCCAGCUUGCGGUGUCACAAAACGCUAUGAUCGUGGCCCCUGAUUAUCGCCUUCUCCCCGAGGCGUCGGGGGCGGACAUUGUGGAUGAUCUUCACUCCUUCUGGACUUGGUUCCUCGAGAUCCUACCAAGUAUAACCGAAAGGGAGUCGUGGGGCGUCCGACCCGACCUCAGCCGCAUUAUCUGUGCUGGACAUAGCGCCGGAGGGACCCUCGCAUUAUUGUCAGCUCUCGAGCGCCCAGAGGUGGCAGUCAAAGCAGUUUUAUCUCUCUAUGGACCGCUCGAUGACAGCGUUCCUGAACUUAAGAUAUCACGUCCAAGGAUGAUUUUAGGAUCGUGGCCGCCUCCGCCUCGGCGGGCAGAGGCAACGAUUCGAUCCUACGUUCAAAAGACAAGAGGCAAAGUUCGGACCGAUGGAGACCCAACAGAGAUGUGGGAACUGGUCACAUGUAUCCUACAGCAGGGCCGUCUGCCACGAAUGAUGAACCAGCGGCCUGAUCCACGUCUUGAUGUCAUUGCUACAAUCAAGAAGAAUGGGAUAUUGCCUCCCAUAUGGAUGAUCCACGGAGAGAACGACUCUGUGGUUCCAACGAGUUGCUCUACAGAGUUUGUUAGACGCGUAGAAGAGAUUGUGCCCAAUAUGCCAAAACUCCUGUCAAUACAGCCUGGUGAGCACAAUUUUGACGCUUCCAUGACAAUGAAAGAAGGUUGGAUAGCAGAUGGGUGUGAUUUCAUCCUCAGGUACUGGUAA